AUGGACGGUUCCGGCUCGGCGUUCUGGGCAGGGGCGAAGGGGCCGAAGGGGCAGCCCUCCGCUUUCGCGCUAGGAGGGGCGGGCGAGUGCCACCGCUGGGCCUCACGUGCUUGUGACGACGGCAAAGGCAUCGGCGCCCUCUCGCAGGCAAGAAUGAAUCCCUCCUCAACGUUCAGUGUUGAAAGCCGUGGUCACGCAGGCUGCUGGGGUGGGCGCGUGCGCCCGUACGCCAAGGUGCGCUUUGAGGGGGUGGGCGCGUGCGCCAAGGUACGCUUUGAGGGGGUGAACGCGUGCGCCAAGGUGCGCUUUGAGGGGGUGAGCGCGUGCGCCAAGGUGCGAGUGGGGCCGAGGGGUGUGCCCUCGCUGCUCAACCAGCUCGCCAACCACGCAGGGGCGUUGCUGAGGGGUCUGCGGCUACUCAACGACCAGCGCUGCAUCUUCUUUGCUCUGGAUGCCUGCUCUGGCAUCCUCAAGCCUGCCAGGACGACGCUGCUGCUGGGUUUGCCAAGGAGCGGCAAGUCAACGCUACUCACGAUCCCCUUUGAGGCGGCCAAUGCAGAUCCGCAUCUGAUUAUCACCUCAUCACCCUGUCCCUCCGGCUCCUCAACCCACAGGAUGACGCUACUGCUGGGCCCGCCAGGCAGCGGCAAGUCAACGGUGCUGAAGAUCCUGGCAGGGAAGGCGGAGAGGGUGCUGGGUGUUCAAGGCGAGGUCACGUACAACGGCCGCCCGCGGAGCCAGUUUGUGCUGCCGCAGUCCGUGGCGUUUGUGCCUCAGAUGAACUCCCACAUGGGUGAGAUGACUGUCCGGGAGACCCUCGAGUUCUCCGCGUGGGCGAGAUGA